AACCGGUGUCAGCCAGGCGUCUCGUUGUUCCGGUGCCGCUGUCGGCUUCCAUCGGCUCUGCUCCUUCCCCGGCCGGUGCUAACCCUAACACCGUCGGGGGCUCGGCUGCGGAAGCGUAAUGGCGGUGCACCGGGGACCCUCCACGAAAUGGCUUUUCACCCGGGAGCAGCUGGACAACACGCCGUCCCGACGCUGCGGGAUCGAGGCCGACAGGGAGCUCUCCUACCGACAGCAGGCCGCCAACCUGAUCCAGGACAUCGGCCAGCGACUGAACGUGUCUCAACUCAUCAUCAACACCGCUAUAGUUUACAUGCAUAGGUUUUAUAUGAUCCACUCUUUCACCAAAUUCCACAGAAAUAUCAUUUCCCAGACCACGUUAUUCCUGGCAGCCAAAGUUGAGGAGCAGCCCAGGAAGCUGGAACACGUCAUUAAAAUAGCYCAUGCCUUCAUUAACCCCCAGGAGCCGGUCCUCGACACUAAAAGCAGCGCGUUCCAGCUGCUGGCACAAGAGCUCGUAACCCUGGAAACAAUAGUGCUGCAAACGCUGGGUUUUGAAAUAACAAUUGAUCAUCCUCACACAGAUGUUGUGAAAUGUUCCCAGCUAGUGCGAGCAAGCAAGGAUUUGGCUCAGACUUCCUAUUUCAUGGCUACCAACAGUUUGCACCUCACCACCUUCUGCCUGCAGUACAGGCCCACCAUUGUUGCAUGUGUCUGCAUCCACCUGGCCUGUAAAUGGUCCAACUGGGAGAUCCCCGUGUCCACAGACGGGAAACACUGGUGGGAGUACGUGGACCGCACCGUGACACUCCAGCUGCUAGAUGAGCUAACCCACGAGUUUCUUCAGAUUCUGGAGAGGACGCCCAGUAAGCUGAAGAGGAUCCGGAACUGGAGGGCGAUUCAAGCAGCUAAGAAACCAAAGAGCGAAGGCGCGACUGUGGAGAGUGCCUUCCAGGGGACGUCUUUAGAAGGUCUUCCUGGUGUCACCAACUCCUUCUUCCCCUCCACCUCCACAUCAGACUCCACAGAAAUGUCUGCCAUCACGGGCCCAUACGGCUUGUACCAGCCUCUCAGUGAACAGUCCAAGUCUUGUAGCUACGACCAGUUCUCCCAGCCGCCCCCCUCAGACUUCACACUGGUCAAACACAAACACAAAGCUGCGGCGGGCUCCGGCGCUGAACACCAGCAAGUUGGUGCAAACGCAGCAGCUUUUUCACGAUCGCAGAAAGUCCUGACUCUAGAAAAGUACAGGGAGAAACACGCAGCAGAGCUGGCCUUGCAGAACGGGGUGAAGGAGGAGCUCAACACGGACGUGUACGCGGCCCCCACUGUGGCGUCCCACCACCACAGGAAACGCUCUCAGCCGCAGCAGGCAGCUCAGUCUGGUGAGGGCAGGAGGGAGAAGGCCAGCUCCAAAAAGCCCCGACACGCACCUUCCUACGUAGAGAACGGCUCCGCCGCCGGCGAGGAGUUCAAAAUGCGGAUUAAAGUUUCGUCUGAAACGUCCGGCAAAGACAAGCACAAAGAGCACAGUGGCCACCGCCACGCCAAACACUCGUAUUCCCUCAGCGGACAUGGCAGAGGGGCCGUGGACAAUGCCUCCUUUUCCGUUCGAGCUCCCAGCAGCCACUGCAACAACGGGAGUUCAUCCAGCUCAUCCCGCAAGAGACAGCACUCUGACAACCACCACCACUCGUCUAAGAGCAGCAGGUCCUCCAAAGGAGGCCUGGGCUCGGCCCACUACUCGUCUGACGUGGGCCAGAGGAUGAUGGAGCUCCACGACGGAACGAACGGGAUGCUGAUGUCCAACGGCCAACACACCGAUUACAAAAACACCUUUGACAUGCUGGACUCUUUACUAAGUGCCCAAGGAAUGAACUUGUAACUCUGAGCCCCUCAGAGCUGUCUGAGAUAAGGUAUUACCAUGUUUUAUAAAGUUUAAAARUGAAUUUAUUUGUCUUAAGUUAUCUGAAUUCCGCUUCACCCUCGGUCUUGUCCACACACUGAUUUCUUGAUGAUUCUUGUGAAAUCCAGAGCCGUGUACUCCUACUUUGCAACACUAAAYGUGUUUGAGGCGUUUUAUUGCAGUUAGGAUGUUAAAACAAAAAAAGGGUGACAGAUUUUAAUGUGCAUGUUGUUAAGUCACAGAAAGGAAGACACUGCUUUUAUUAUUUUAACUGUUCGUUUUAUUUGAAAAGAAAAAUCAUCUCAGGUCUUAAAACUUUUUUUUAGGAUUAAAAAAAAAACAAUAUCUUCCUAUUGCGAAGUUGGAUUUUUCCAGAGUACAUUGCUAGUUUGCAACAAAUGUAACUCCAUUUGCUGUUAAAUGGUCCAAAAGGGCCGCGCUCAAAACCUAUAUCGCAGACUCAUUAUCGAACUACAGACCAAGUUUAAAACUGCUGUGGAAGUGCAUCCAAGACAUUGCAGGCUAAAUUGCUCGAAAAAAAAAGUCUUGUGAUUGUUCUUAGUCAAUUUUACUGUUCAGUAUAAUAAAUGUUAUCUACAAACAGAAAARUGAUUUCUAAAACUGUGUAUAUAGGACUAGUUCAGAAGUUAAACUGUUGCAUCCAGUCCAAACUAUUCUGUUGUAAUACGAGAUCCAAAGUGGACAUUGAUUGAUUUGAUGAUCGUACCCCUGAUUUGUGUACCAGAAGCUCAAAUAAAUUAUACAAAAGGGAUUUUUUUACUCUAUGGUCAUUUUAUGUUCUUUAAAAAUCUUGUUACUCUACAGAUAAUAGUCUUGAAAAAUAUAUAGUGACGUUGAAGAUCGUUCAGUGUUGGGGUUCCCCAAACAGUGGACCAUUUUCUCCAUCUAGACCCUAAACUAGGCCAUACUUUUGGAAACUGUGGCAGAGGAUUGCUAUGGAUACAAAAUAUUGUUGCAGAAGAUUUGGGUGGUCGAGCCAAGUCACAAAGAAACUGAAUGAUGAAAGAACAGUAUUUGAGUCUGUCCUGGGUUGCAGAGWUAAAUGAAAAUAGUGAAAUUCAUUUCAAAAAUUUAAAAAAAUAAAUAAAAUAACACGAGCAUCAA